AUGUCCAAGUCUAGUCGUAAAAUCACUUGCCUAUUGCCCUCCGCUUCCAACCAAAGUGGCGAUAAGAGGGGAGAGCUGCAGUUGAAGAAGCAAGGACCAGGGGAGCAAACGGCCAAUGAGGCUAUAACGGUGCCAGAUCUGAAACUAGACGAAACAGUCCGCAUAAGGGAAAUGUUUACGGAGUAUAUUAAUGGUGAGUAUGUAACCACACUAUUUGACCUUCGCGUGCUCCUUUCAGAGCUUGGAGUAUAUCCCUCCGACGAUGAAAUGACACUUGUUAUGACCGCAUUUGAGAACAAAGUGAGUUUUACUAAUCUCUGUAGGUACAUGCGGUUUUACAAGAAAGAAUUUUUGGAAUCGAACAAGCAACGUCACCGUUCCAAUGCCGCGCAAGAUGAAUGCGAGGACACGCUUCGUGCCUUUGUUUCACUUGGUGGCAACGAAGAUGGAAGUGGGAGCGUCUUAGUGGAGGACUUACGGCAGGUGUGCAGAAACUUCGGCCUCACUAUUGAUAUAAACGAGGCACUCAAUGGUUUGAAUGAGUCAGAGAGCCCCUUAACGUUGCGCUAUAUGGAAUUUUGCAACCUGUGGAAACAUCAAAGCCGUGAGCGAGGUGGGGAAUCGGGAACAAUACGCAGCCUUUCCUUAACCGAUACCCUGUAUACCUCUGGAGGCUUGGAUGGGGAGGCUUCAAAUUACAUACACUUGCUUAAUUUGUUGAAGCCCCACGUGAGCAACAUAAGUUAUGAACAAAGUACCCCCGCCAUAUGUACCCCACUGUUGGCCAGAGGUGAUGAAAGUGAUGCCAGACAUUCACUUCCCAAGUCGGAUGAAAAACACCUGCAGGAGCUAAAGCGGUUUUUAUUACCAUCUUUGGUUGGGAGUGCGGAGGAUCCGGAUGCCAAUUCGUAUGGAGCACAGAGGGACGACGGAUAUCAACUCCCAAGUUUAGUCCAACACAUGACACCGCGAGCAGAUGCCGAGGAACGCCAACGACCGCUCCGACAGCGGAGGACCAAAGAGGCAGCGGCUCGACGCAGUGCUGGAAAUGAUGAUAAAUCUCAUCCACCGACACAAGGCGGAUUCCGGGCACCGAGUCCAAUGAUUCUCUCGCUGCGUAACCUUGCCGCGUAUCGCCAAAGACUUCAAGCAUUUGCUAAAAAGAAGGAGAAGUCAAGGAACAGGGAACGUGGGAAGGGAGGGCACGGUGUAUCAUCGUACUACGAUGAUGACGGAGCCCGCAUUUAA